AUGCUUGUCAAGUCGAGUCUCGCCCUCGCCUCCGCGGCCCUUGUUUUGGGUGCCCCCUCCUCCUCCUCCUCCUCCUCCUCGUCACAGCCCUAUGAGGAUACCUACGAUUAUAUCGUCGUUGGUGGUGGCACUGCUGGAGUAGCCGUGGCGGCUCGCCUCAGCGAGGGACUCCCUGCCUCAAAGAUUCUUGUCAUCGAGGCGGGACCCGCAGUCUGGGAUGAGCCUAAAAUCAAUGUCCCCGGUAUGAAGGGCUCGACACUGGCCACAAAGUAUGACUGGAACUUCACCACCGUGCCGCAGACAAACGUCAAUAGCCGGACAUUCACGGUCAACCGGGGCAAGGUCCUCGGCGGCAGCUCCGCACUCAACCUCAUGACGUACGACAGGGCUGCCGUGGCCGAGUAUGACAGCUGGGAGGCCCUAGGCAACCCCGGGUGGAACUGGGAGACGAUGAUUGCCGCCAUGAAGAAGUCGGAGAACUUUACUGGCGUCAACACCGAUACGUACGGCUCCGAGGGCGUCGGCGAUAGCGGUCCGGUCAAGGCCGUCAUCAACCGCAUCAUUCCCGAACAUCAGAAGACGUGGAUCCCGACAAUGAAUGCCCUCGGUAUCGAGACCAACUUGGAGUCGCUCGGUGGAGAUCCUCUUGGAGUGAUGUACCAACCCAGCAGCAUUGACCCGACUCACUACAACAGGUCCUACAGCGCCAAUGCCUAUGUUCCCAUCGCCGGCCCCAACUUGGAAAUCCUGUCCGACACUACGGUUAUCAAGGUCAACCUCGUAAAGGCAGCAAGCAACUCGACUGUGCAGAGGGCCACGGGAGUUACUCUUUCAGACGGAACCAUCAUCUCAGCUCAGAAGGAGGUCAUCUUGUCUGCUGGCUCCAUCCAAAGUCCAGGCUUGUUAGAGCUGUCCGGCAUUGGCCAAUCUUCGGUACUCAACGCGUCCGGCAUCGAACAAGUCAUUGACCUCCCCGGUGUCGGCGAGAACCUCCAGGACCACCUCCGCAUUCAAAGUUCCUACCAGCUCAAGGACAACUACACCUCCUUUGACAUACUCCGCAGCAACGCCACUUACGCCGCGGAGCAGCUGGCUCUCUGGAACGCCGGCGAAGUCUCGCUCUACGACUACACCGGCAGCGGCUACACCUUCACGACCUGGGCCCAAGCCAUCGGUAACGACUCUCGUCUGAUUUCACUCGCUCACGAAGCAGCCGGCGAAGACCCUGGUGUCGUCGACCAGAAGAAGUUGGAGUUUAUCACCGACCCUUCCAUCCCCCAGCUCGAAGUCAUCUUCUCUGAUGGGUACACCGGCGUCAAGGGCUACCCCGCGUCGACCUCCCCUCUCUUCGGCGAAGGGUUCUUCUCCCUCAUCUCCGUCAUCAUGCACCCCAUGAGCCGAGGCAACAUCCACAUCAACCCUUCCAACACCACCGGAAAGCCCGUGAUCAACCCAAACUACUUUGCGCACGAACACGACGUCGAGGCAGCGACCCAAGCCACCAAGUACUGCCGUAAGAUCGCCACUACCGAGCCGAUGAGAUCCAUCUGGGACAGCGAAUAUGAACCUGGACUGGAUGCUGUCCAGACCGACGAGCAGUGGAAGCAGUUUGCCCUCAACACGACGCUGAGUAUCUUCCAUCCCGUCGGCACCUGCUCGAUGCUGCCAAAGAAGGAUGGCGGUGUGGUUGACAGCAAUCUCAAGGUGUAUGGUACAUCUAACCUGCGCGUUGUUGAUGCUAGUGUCAUCCCUCUGCUCAUUUCUGCACAUGUACAGACUGCUGUCUAUGGCAUCGCGGAGAUCGCAGCCGAGCGUAUUAUCGCAGACGCAUAG